UUCGUCGUGGAUUUUAUUUCCAUUCUUCUGAAAAUCAUCUUCUUCCUCCCUCCCUGCAAUUCCAUCCAUCCUCUCCACCAAGAAGAAGAAGCAGAAAUGAACCCUACAAUGAAGAAGAUUCAGGCCUCCGAACUCCCUUCCUCAGGGAAAACACCUCUUACCCCCGCAAGAAAUCUCGCCAGAAUCGCUCCAUUCAUCGCCUUUCCCCUUCUCUUCAUCACCGUUUUUGUCUACUGUAUCGCCCUUGCUCACUUUUAUCCCAAGAAAUUCCCCACCGUCGAUAAUGCAUUCCAAUAUCGAUCCCUAAAUCGCUCCAAUAAUUCUGCGCCGGUCGCCGGGAACCACUCAAUUGUUAAUCUGAAGAAUCCUCCUAAUCGAGAUAUUAAUAAUAGGAAUCCUGCUCCGAUCGCCGCCGGAGAUGAUAGGAGAAAGAGUGAAGAAACGGUUAUGAGUAUAACUGAUAAGAACUGCAACCUGUUCACCGGCCAGUGGGUGAGGAAUCACGAAGGAGAACCGUACUACACGAACGCGACUUGUCACGCAAUCCAGGAGCACCAAAACUGCCUCAAAUUUGAGCGACCUGAUACCGAUUACUUGAAGUGGAAAUGGAAGCCUGACGGAUGCGAACUCCCCGCCGUUGAUCCGAGCGAGUUUCUCCAACUUGUUCGCGGUAAGGCCAUGGCGUUCGUCGGAGACUCCGUUGCUAGGAAUCAGUUGCAAUCUCUCGUUUGCAUCCUCUCCAAGGUUACGUAUCCUCGAGAUUUGUCCGAUCCACUGGACCAAAACCGACGCUACGAAUACAGAGAAUACAACUUCAACGUCUCUCUGUUCUGGUCGCCGUAUUUGGUGAAAACCGGCGGAUUAACGGACGACCAGAGGCGACCGUUCAAUCUGUAUCUCGACGAGUUCGAUCCUCUCUGGCCGAACGAAAUCGCGCGUUUCGAUUACGUAAUCAUCUCCGCCGGCCACUGGUUUUUCCGACCGACGUACUUCUACGUUGACCGCCUCCUCGUCGGCUGCCUCUACUGCACGGAGUCCACAAUCCGCCAGAGAUCCGCCGGAUUCAGCUACCGGAGAGCCUUCCGGACGGCCUUCCGCGCGAUUAUCGAGGCGGAAGGAUUUAACGGCGUGGUUUUCCUGCGAACAUUCUCUCCGUCGCAUUUCGAGGGCGGACGGUGGAAUAAAGGCGGCAGUUGCCCUCGGACGCUGCCGUUCGGCAGGAACGAGAGCGCCAUGGCGGAUUAUACGGCGGAUUUGUACGGUAUACAGCUGGAGGAGCUCAGAAUUGCAGAGAGAACCGCGGGGAAUCGCCAUGGCGGUGAGGUGAAGCUGAGAGCGAUGGACGUGACGAAGGCUAUGCAAAUGAGGCCGGACGGACAUCCCAGUAAAUAUUGGCAACGGCCAGGGGCAAAUCCGACAUUUGGCUAUGACUGCGUGCAUUGGUGCUUGCCGGGCGCCAUUGACACGUGGAACGAAUUUUUGAUGGAAUUGCUCAAGAGAGAAGAGUUAAAUACGACAUCGUAUGUACCUACACAGUUGAGAAACAAAACAAAAAUCUUCCCUAUUCGUGUUCUUCUCUGAAAUUGGAGGACGCCUUCCUUAAACCGAUCGAUGUGGUCUUUAGUUUCCAGCCUUGCGACUUCUAGCCGCGGUGCCUGUCCUCGGUAAUAGCACAGCUGGGCAGCGGCGACUCCGGUGGUCGGCGAUUCCUCCGGCAGCAACAACAGCU